AUGCUCGCAACUACUAGCAAUUUUAGCAGUCGAAAUACACCUAUUUCAUCACGUCGGAAAGUGGGUUCCAGCAAGGCAACCGGUGAAUGGAGUAGCUGAAUUCAGGAGUCUUACUUUGUCAAAUCGACGCCACGUGGCCUGGAGCAGGCUCAGUUUCUGGCCGUCAACAAGGACGGAUCCGUGCUUUACGGACUGCGGUUCCGUAUUCAACUGAGCAUAAUCGAACUGCCGGAGCAGGCGCCCGAAGUGCUCACGGAAGCGACGGAAAAGACGGUGUGCAAGUACCACGUGGCAUCGGGAAGCCAGCAGACAUUCCAUCUCGACGACGACAUCGAUCCGCUCCAGCUGACGCGGAUUCUCGAGUUUUACGUGCUCGCCGAGGAUCUCGUCGUCAUUUUAUCCUACGACACGGAGCAAUUCCAGUUCACCCAAAUGGCCGUCCAUCUGGAGAAACGGAAGGCGUGGGCGCAGACUGUCGCCACGAGACGGAUGACCGUCAGCCGAGUGGCGGGACCGCCGAUCAUCAGUCAGAAGAGCCGCGCGGCUUUCGGAGAAUUACCCAAGAUUUUAUAGAUUUGAGCUUCCUCGACCGCGGACGGAUUCUGCUGUGCGGCGCCCGGAAUACGGUGGAAGGGCGGAGCGAACGCAUGACUUUGAGCAUUUCCGCCGAUCCGUUGAGCAGUUGGAAAAGGAAAGACGAGGAUUUGAGCGCGUUGGUAAGGGGAGUGUCGGUGAAGCGAACAAAGAUUCGCUCAAUACCGUGUUCCGAAAAUGUACAUUUUUAUCAAAAACUUAUCAGUUUUUGAAUUUUUUUGUCAAAAAUUGUGUUUUCCUGAAUUUUCAGGUAAAAUAACGCAAAAAAAAAUUCCUCAGUCCGCAAAAUUUCGCAUUCAGAUGGAAGACUUCAACACGUUUCUCUCUUCGCGAACGUCGGAAACCGAUGGGAAUUCACUGAUCGGUCUGUUCCUUCUGGAUUUGGACGAUGAAAGGAUCUCGAUUCUGUUGUCACAGUGAGUACGAAGUCCGAAGAGCUCCAAACUCUCCAAUUUCAAUUCAGAACACUGACGGAAGAUCCGAACAGUCCACCGCUCCUUUCGACGAACUUCAUCGGUGUAAUCGAUCGGAAGGACAACAAGUUUUCGGUGAAAAAGAUUGACAACUCGGCGAUUGCGUAUAAGUUCUGUAUGAAAGUGAGCUCUAUCGAGAAUUUCUAGAAAUGGCGAACCUCUACGAGUCACCUCGAUCGCCAACUUGAAAGUGAAAAACGGAAGUCUUUGGAUGAGUUUUUCGUUGAACGACGUGGAAAAGCUCAAGACUCUUUACUGGCGAUUCAAGCAUCUCUACGUUCGGAUUAUGCUGUGAGCACUCAGAGUUUGACGAUCAUCUGAAGACGUUGCAGACGGCUCAUGAUCAUCGGAUUCCACGGAAGUCUCUACCUCUGGCGCUUCGACAACGGACUCUCUUUCUAUUGUCUCACUAGAAUUCUCACUUUCCUCCAUGGGUUCGGAACUACAAAUCAACAUCAUCUCACCGUUCCGAGCUUUACUUUUCAGUCCAACAAUGAUCCCAAUCUACUCUCCACAGAGGAAGUUCCAUCUGUGUUAUCUGAGCAUGGAACGGUUGAAAUUCUUUCGUUUCAACCAUUCGGCUCGAGUUCUCAAAAGCAAGAGAGACCCGAAUGACACGGAUUUCGCCGUCAACUUCGACGUGGAUUCUUCUGGAGGAGCAGUCGUUGUGGACUUUCCGACGGAAGAAGAGAAAAAUGAGCAGAUGAUGUGAGUACUUUUGGGGAAAGAAGUGUUUAGGUAUUUAAUGUUCAGAGUGAGCUACUAUCCAAACCCCACGGAGCCUCAAACCCUGGCAAAAAUGACAACGUAUUCUGCGUACAAGUAUGGAAAACCGUUCAACUUUCAAAAUAUCACAUUUUCAGACACUUUCCGAGCUUUGAAAAGUGCAGUCUCCUUCGACGGAUGACGGGUAUUCUCGACUGGAAAUGGACCGUAUAA